AUGCCACCUUCACGAUCAAAUAACAAUAAUAAUAACAAUAACAAUAACUUAAAUACAACUACUCAAUGGCAUAAUAAUAAUAAUAACAAUAAUAAUAACAAUAACAAUAACAAUGUACAAGAUAGUUCACAUUCAGUUUAUACUUUACCUGGAGUAAUUAAUUAUCUAACUUCAGAAUUUACAAAUCUUGAAAGAUUUAAGAUUGUCAACAAUUUAGAGAAGAAUGAAAUGAAAUAUAAAAUAUUACAAUUAAGUGCUGAAAUUAAUUCAUUAAAAUUUAUAAAUGAAAAACAACAAACUAAGAUUAAACUAUUAGAAUAUGAAAAUAGACGGUUGAGAAAUGAGCGUAAGGAUAAUAGUAAGGGUGCAGAUAAUAAGGAUGGUAAAGAAGAAGAAGAAGAAGUAGAAAAAGAAGAAAAAGAAGAAAAAGAAGAAGAAGCUACUGAACCAAAAGAAGAAAUAGUUAUACCAGAUGUUGAUUUAACCACUAUAAAAAAAUCCAAAUUACAAUUAUCAAAUUCAAUGAAGGAAAUAAUUCAACUAUUAAAAACACCAAGUUCCAAAAUAACAGAUUUAAAACUAAACGAAAAUAAUAAUUUCAGUACCCUAGUCAAAAACUACACAGCAGAUGAUGAUGAAUUUAUAUUUACACAAUCUCAACAAUCUCAACAAUCAUACUCUCAACCCAGAAAACCAAAACAACUAAAUGAAUCAGAUUUGAAUAAUACAAACUCCUUAAUAUCACAAUUUUUCAAUAAUAAUGGCUCCGAAUCAUCUGAAAAAUCUCCAAAUUUGACGCCUUUAAAUAAAACUGAAGCUAAUAUUGAUAUUGAAGAUGUGUUGGAAAGGGCAAUUACUAAUGAGAGUGAAAAUACAGUUAUAGUAGAUGAAGAAGAACAAAGAAAUAAUAAUAAUAAUAAUAACAAUAAUAAUAAUAAUAAUUUAGAAGUUGAAGAAGAUGAGGAUAGUAGUCCAGAACCUACAAUUUCAAAUUAUGAGGAGUCUGGAUAUGAUGUAAAUGAUAUAUAUGAUCAAAAAAACCAUACUAUUUAUUUAAAUUCAUACAAUGAGUCACCGGUAAAAAAAGUUACAAUUGUUUCUGAAUCAGAUGGGAAGGAAAUAAUACUGAAAGAGGUGGAAUUAGACAUACCUUCCAACAAAAUUAUAAAUAUCAUACCUAUCAUACCUCAUCAUAUCAUAGUCAUAGAUAUUGAUCAACAAAUUAAAACACUCAAUUUAGAGAAUAAUAAAUUGGAGUUAUUACAAUCUUUAAAAUUACAAUUCAAAUCCAUUGCAAGUUCAAGUUGUAUUGAAUUUGAAAAUAAGAGUAAAGAAAAUAUGAAAUAUUACGGAUUAGUCAUAAAUGGAACACAGAAUAAUAACUAUCUUUCCAAAGUCUAUCAAAUACAAUUUAAUAAAAAUAAACAAGUGUUUCAAAUUAAAGAAAUCGCCAAAUUUAAUGAAAAAUUCUUGACUAAAAAUUAUCCAGAUUAUAAAGUUAUUAAAUUUAUGAAUUGGUAUGUUAAUGACGAUGUUUUGAAAGAUGCUGGUAAGAAGGGUAGAGAUGAUGUUUUAUUACCUUAUGAAUUAAUAUUUAAAAUUGAUGAUUAUGAGACAAUUCGAUUGAAUAUAAUACUGAAACUGAUUACAAUAAAUGAUACUAAUGUUUAA